AUCAAUCUGACAUUCGAUAGAAUUACGCCUCAGAAUAGAUUCAAGAGAUGGGAAUCACUCGGUAGGGCUUGGAAAUACGUAUCAGGGAGUCCUGAUGCGGAAGAUUUGAAAGUUAUCAAUAGCUCUAUAAAUUCCUUAAUAGUCGCAAACAAUAAUCAGGUACACAUUAAUCAUUUAUUUGAAAACCGAAUGAAGAAUCUUACAAACACUUUCAAUUUUCUGAUAGAUAAUGCGCAGAAGUUAGAAAACGUUACAUUCAAAAGUUUCGAUUCACUCAAUUUUGUAUUCAAAUUAGAUGAACUAUUAUAUUAUUUAGAAGUCGUCGAGGAAUCUCUUACACUGGCCAGACGUAGCAUACCAAGUAGCCGCAUCAUCCAAGGAGGAGAAUUAGAAGCCAUUCAACGAAUCCUUCGCAACAACGACUUUGGACUUAACUCGGUGGACAGCAUUCUGAAUAUUGCAAGCUCUUACGCAAUGUUCAACAAAGAUAACAUCAUCUACGUACUCAAAAUACCCCAAAUCGAAGGAGCAUUAUAUACGCUCAACUUUGUCGAAGCAGUAAUUGAAGAUGGUUACCGCAUUCAUGUACCAGCACCAUUUUAUCUGAAAGGACAAAUUCCACUCAUCUCGCAUGUCCCAUGUAUCAAGCUCAGAGCUCUCUUUGUAUGUUCCAGUAGCAGUUUGGAACCACUCACAGAGUGUAUGCAAAAGUUAAUCUCCGGAAAAACAGCUGAUUGCCCUAUAGAACGUAUUUAUGGAGGUAAAAUUAUACGGAAGAUUAACGAUGGCAAUAUUGUAAUCCACGGACACAAUAUAACUUUGACAUCCAACUGUUCAGCUACCAGGUCCCUCAGUGGUCCAAAUCUCAUUCAGCAUUCACACUGUACUUUAAAACUGGAUGACGUCGAAUAUUCCAGUACUAACGUGGAGAUACCACCCUUCACACCAAUAACUGGAAUUAAGGUAAAUCCGACCAAAAUCAUAAACCAUAUUCCAUUGGCACAUUUACAGGAACUGCAUUUAGAGCAUCGCAACCACAUAGAACUCCUAAACCUAACAGCAGAAAACAUACAUUGGAAACUAGAUAUCUACGGGUGGAUAACCUCCGCAACAGCGACAACGCUACUGAUCAUCAUAUUGGGAACAGCCAUAGCCAUGACAUUUAAAUUCUACAUUUUGAAAACACUCUUCGCAUCGAACACACCAGAGGAGAUAAAGCGAAAUAAUCCAUCCGAGGAGCAUCCCGAGUCGAGAAGCAUCCCGCUUCUUCCGCAGCUAUAGAAGGAACCCGAGGGCGGCUUCCAACUGGAAGGGGAGCCGUUAGCGAAUCGUACGGUGCAUCACGCCACGUGUAUGCACCAAUCAGCGAAGGUGCCGGAACAAUCGCCGAGUCAGCAGUUUUAUAUUAUAAAACUGCCAGCAACAGCGUGGCUCGGCCUCUUUUUCAUCAGUGCUCUGGUCAGUGCAAGUAGUGUAGUAAAUAAAGUUAGUGUUUCUUGUAAUA